AUGAAAUUUGCCAAUUUAUCAACAAUUGACUUCAUUAAAAUACUGGAACAAGCUAGUUCUACACAUGGUGCAAAUAAAUUAUAUUACAGCAUCCGAAAUGCAAAUAUAAUCAUUCAAAACUUUGAAGAUGCAAUUUCAUUUCUUAAAUCAGUCAGUAAAUUCAUGAAAAUGAGAAUACUUGACGGUACUAUUGAUUUUUUGGGCCAAUUUGAAAUGCCAAAGUCUGAUUUAAUCCCGCAAAUCAAUCAAAUUACCAAAGAACAAGAAAAGAAGGAGAUUAUUACAAACAAAGAAGAACUUAACAAUUCUGAGGAUUUCGAGUGUAUGUAUAAAUUCUUUGAAGAUCUUGCAUCCCAAGGCGAUCAAAAAACUAUUUCAGAAUCUUGUGAAAGCGGUCUCUGGAAGAUUAAUGGAUCUAACGGCAACAAUGUACUUCAUGAAGCUUGUUACAAAGGAAAUCUCACACUUACUAAACUACUCAUUGAAAAUGGUUGUGAUAAGGAAUCAAAGAAUAAUUUUGGCACUAGUCCACUCGUUCAUGCAUCAGCUGGCGGUCAUCUUGAAGUUGUUAAAUAUCUUGUCUCAAUUGGAGCUGAUAAAGAAGCGAAGAAUAAAGAUGGAAAUACUCCAUUCAUUGUUGCAUCAGCUGAAGGUCAUCUUGAAGUUGUUAAAUAUCUUGUCUCAAUUGGAGCCGAUAAAGAUGCAAAGAAUAUUGAUGGGCUCACUUCACUCAUUGUUGCAUCAAACUAUGGUCAUCUCGAAGUUGUUAAAUAUCUUGUUUCAGCUGGAGCUGAUAAAGAAGCAAAGAAUAUUAAUGGAUUCACUCCACUCAUUGCUGCAUCAAACAAUGGUCAUCUUGAAGUUGUUAAAUAUCUUGUUUCAGCUGGAGCUGAUAAAGAAGCAAAGAAUAUUUAUGGAUUCACUUCACUCAUUGUUGCAUCACAAAAUGGUCAUCUUGAAGUUGUUAAAUAUCUUGUCUCAAUUGGAGCUAAUAAAGAAGCAAAGAAUAUUAAUGGGCUCACUUCACUCAUUGCUGCAUCAAUUAUUGGUCAUCUUGAAGUUGUUAAAUAUCUUGUUUCAGCUGGAGCUGAUAAAGAUGCAAAGACUAUUGAUGAGCUCACUUCACUCAUUAGUGCAUCAAACAAUGGUCAUCUUGAAGUUGUUAAAUAUCUUAUCUCAGCUGGAGCCGACAAAGAUGAAAAGAAUAUUUAUGGAUUCACUCCACUCAUUAGUGCAUCAAGCAAUGGUCAUCUCGAAGUUGUUAAAUAUCUUGUCUCAAUUGGAGCUAAAUAA